AUGAGGUAACCAUCUAUGUCCCUAAAGGUAGACCACAGAGGGCCCUCUCCUCUGGAGAUGGUUUAAGCAGGUAGGCCGCUGGCCAAAAAUGGUUUUGCAUGUGGACAGCCCAAACCUACAGUACAUAUUUCUGUUCCAUACUUUUUUUGGCUUGUUCUACUCAAAUGCAGUCUGGUAUCCAUGUUGAAGCUGGCGCUGUUAAACUUAAAAAUCCAUUCUGAGCAAACAUGUGAUUGGUGUAUUCCAAAGUACGAAUUAUUAAUGCAGAAUUUCCAAUUCUCACUGAAGUGCUUCCCAAAAUGUGUUGGCACUGAGAUCUAGAGGUCUCAAACAGCAUCCACAAUAUAGGGGAAAUUCUAUCACAUUGUACAUGAAGUAGAACAACAAAGCCUGCCUAAAGUAUACAUGACAUUUGAGCACUGGGUUUUCUACAUAAUUCAAUAAUGCUUUAUGUAACCAUGAUAUAAUAUGAAAGCUUUAUCCGUAUCAUGGGUUCUUUGUUUGUUUACACCUAAUGUGCACUUUGAACAAAUAAAUGUACUUCACCUUUUACAAGGCGUUAAACAUUUGAAGUUAAUUUUAUCUUGCUUUGUAUUUGUAAAUAUUAUCCUCAUCACAACUGGCAUUUCUGAAAUCAAAGCAGGCUUUGGAAGCAGGAGAAACAAGUUUGCUAAGACUUAAAAAGGGGGAAAGGUUGGAACUGCUAUAAAAAGGGGCAGAAAAAGCAUGCCUGAAAUUUGGAACAAUUCUAAGCAGCGUGAAGUAAGAGAGCGUACAGCCGUCUCAAUGCAAACCUUGUUCCCUCCUGGACCUCAUUGGUUAGACGAAAGGUUGAGAAGGAGGUGGGGAGGGAUACUGAAGAAAGGUUAGGUUUGAGGAACAAUAUUCAUUUCUCCCCCCCCCCCACCCCUGACCCUCCCAUGUGACGAGUUGGGCCAACAAGCGUUCCAUUGAGCGGGGCAGCCAGGGGAAAUGACUGAGGCUGAACGCUGCCUAAUGAAAGAGACGCUGGUUAUUAUUACCAUCCUCCUCCUCCUGGCUGUCCUGGCCAGCUCUAGUGCAGUUAGCUAGCAGACUAUGGGGAUCUGGAGUUUCUCUGGCACCACACAGCUCUAUUAAAAAAGCUGAAAUAACAAUGAGUUUGCUCCAACAAAAUCUAAGUUCUUUAACUUCUUGAAGUGUAUAUCCCAACUCCCAUUGUGAUUUAUGCUGUAUUGUGAGUGCUUUGAGUGUAUAGGAUUUUAUUCCCUUAGACCAUAUAGAUAGAUCUAGUACCAGUGUAGUGUACUCAAACCAAAUCAAUGAGAGAACCUACAAAAUUGUUUAGGGGUAACGUCAUCCUACACUCCGAUCAAUUGAGGGCUGAAUAUUGUGUGGGUGAGUUAGAGGCGUGAGAUAAGGGAUCCAGCCAUGUGUAUGGGCAUUGAGCUACCUAGAGUACUUACAGGUGUGACUUUUGGAUCUUGGGCUGUGUUGUUUUGCCUGUUGAGCUGAACAAACAGUUCUCUCCUCCACUAAAUGGCCGUAAUGGUGUUGGCAUGUAUCCACUUGCUUUCACUGUGCCUUGGUGGGGAUCCAGAUUGCAUCAUAGGGCCCGUCACACGCACAGCCACAGCCUGCUUUGUUUACCAGGGAGGAAGGGCGGCAGCCAAACAGGCAGGCACAGACAUAGGGGCUCACCUUUACACACAUGACUCAGUGAUACAGUGACUACCAACAACAUACAGUGCAUUCAGAAAGUAUUCAGACCCAUUGACUUUUUCCACAUUUUGUUACGUUACAGCCUUAUUCUAAAAUUGAUUAAAUUAUUUAUUUUCCUCAUCAAUCUACACACAAUACCCCAUAAUAACAAAGUUAAAACAGGUUUUUUGAAUUUUUUGCAAAUAUAUAUAUUAAAAAAAUAUUUUAAAUAAAACCUUAUUUACAUAAGUAUUCAAACCCUUUGCAAUGAGACUCAAAAUUGGCCUCAGGUGCAUCCUGUUUCCAUUGAUCAUCCUUGAGAUGUUUCUACAACUUGAUUGGAGUCCACCUGUCGUAAAUUAAAUUGAUUGGACAUGAUUUGGAAAGGCACACACCUGUCUAUAUAAAGGUCCCACCUAAGCCAUGAGGUCGAAGGAAUUGUCCGUAGAGCUCCGAGACAGGAUUGUGUCGGCACAGAUCUGGGGAAGGGUACCAAAAAAUUGCAUUGAAGGUCCCCAAGAACACAGUGGCCUCCAUCGUUCUUAAAUGGAAGACAUUUGGAACUACCAAGACUCUUACUAGAGCUGGCUGCCCGGCCAAACUCAGCAAUCGGGGGAGAAGGGCCUUGGUCAGGGAGGUGACCAAGAACCCGAUGGUCACUCUGACAGAGCUCCACAGUUCUUCUGUGGAGAUGGGAGGACCUUCCAGAAGGACAGCCAUCUCUGCAGCACUCCACCAAUCAGGCCUUUAUGAUAGAGUGGCCAGACUGAAGCCACUCCUCAGUAAAAGGCACAUGACAGCCUGCUUGGAGUUUGCCAAAAGGCACCUAAAGGACUCUUAGACCAUGAGAAACAAGAUUCUCUGGUCUGAUGAAACCAAGAUUGAACUCUUUGGCCUGAAAGCGUCACGUCUGGAGGAAACCUGGUACCAUUCCUACGGUGAAGCAUGGUGGUGGCAGCAUCAUGCUGUGGGGAUGUUUUUCAGCGGUAGGGAGUGGGAGACUAGUCAGGGUCGAGGGAAAGAUGAAUGGAGCAAAGUACAGAGAGAUCCUUGAUGAAAACCUGCUCCAGAGCGCUCAGGACCUCAGACUGGGGCGAAGGUUCACCUUCCAACAGGACAACGACCCUAAGCACACAGCCAAGACAACGCAGGAGUGGCUUCGGGACAAGUCUCUGAAUGUCCUUGAGUGGCCCAGCCAGAGCCCAGACUUGAACCCGAUCGAACAUCUCUGGAGAGAACUGAAAAUAGCUGUCAAGCUUAUAGCGUCAUACCCAAGAAGACUCGAGGCUGUAAUCGCUGCCAAAGGUGCUUCAACAAAGUACUGAGUAAAGGGUCUGAAUACUUAUGUAAAUGUGAUAUUUCUGUUUUUUUUUAUAAAUUUGCAAAAAUGUCUAAACUGUUUUUGCUUUGUCAUUAUGGUCUAUUGUGUGUAGAUUGAUGAGGGAAGAAAACAAUUCAAUCAAUUUUAGAAUAAGGCUGUAACGUAACAAAAUGUGGAAAAGGUCAAGGGGUCUUUAUAUUUUCUGAAUGCACUGUACCUUCAUGCUCACUGGCUCCAUGGUGGAUUUGGAACAUUAUGAUGCAGAGGGCUAUACAUGUAUGUCAAUGAAAAUGUCAUAUGUCAAGCAUCAUGCACAACAUGUUACAAAUGUCAGACUGUGUUAUCUGUAUGUUAUGGAUGAGCCUAUUUCUGUGUUUGGAGACCCAGGGAGACCAGUAAACCCCUGGUCUAUCCUAUCCUCUCUCUCCCAUGUCUAAAGUCCCUCUGUGUGUUCCUCUUGUCUCUCCUACAGUCCAACAAGGUCCCAGUGGUGCAGCAUGCUCACCACGUCCACCCACUGACCCCCCUCAUCACCUACAGCAACGAACACUUCUCCCCCGGAACCCCUCCCUCACACCUCUCCCCGGAGAUCCUUGACCCAAAGACAGGUACACACACAACCUCAUGGAAUAUGAUGUUGCUGCCUAGUAUAGCCUCUGAUCCAAAGCAUUACAUGGCUUGCAUUAAACUUUAACUGAGGUAUGUCUGACUUAAUCAUCGGUUAAUUUCUUAGAGAAAAUGACCUUGACUGUGACUAGUAAAAUGACCUAAAUGCUUAAGUUGUCCCCUCUGUGUUCCCUUCAGGCAUUCCUCGGACUCCCCACCCAUCAGAGCUCUCUCCGUACUACCCCCUGUCUCCAGGUGCAGUGGGACAGAUCCCUCACCCUCUGGGCUGGCUGGUGCCACAGUGAGUAACACACAGCAUUAAAUAGUACAGUCCAAAUCUCAUAUAGUAUAGGAGAAACAUUGACUACAGUCUGAUGCAUUUCUUGAACUUUAAAGCACAUUCUGAUGUAGUUUUAAUAUUAAAACACUGUCAUAUUUGAGAUAUGUAUGAUAAAUACUUCACAUUCUAUGGGUUUUGUCAUGGGUCUUGUAAUCAAUUUGAAUGGUGCUGUUCCGCAAGCAGGGGAUUGCAGUUGAUGAGGGCUGGAUUAGUGCUGCUGCGUUCUCUCUCAGCUGUGUCUGAUCCUCUUCUCACUGGUGCCUCUCUCUCAUUCUCAGGCAGGGCCAGCACAUGUACUCUAUCCCACCAGGGGGGUUCCGUCACCCCUAUCCCGCCCUCGCAAUGAAUGCAUCCAUGUCCAGGUGAGUGGAUCUCUCUGCUCUAGUGGUUAUAUUACACUCUGUAGUCAUGUUUCUGAUGUUGUCGUUGCUGAUUUAGUUUAUAACAGUAUUAGGACAGGGGUAUCCAACUAUGGACAGUCAGUGGGGUAGGGACUAUAAAGGAAUGUGGGGGCUAAGUCUUCUAAAGAUGAGAUCUGACUUCCUUCCAAAGAGAAAGUGAACAGACUAUUGGCAUUCAAAACCCUACCCGGUAGACAGCACUGUCUUUUCCUGCUCAGGCCAAUAUUCUGAGUUUCUCUGCUACACACACACACAAAGAUGAAAGGGCUAAGAAUCGAUUAGGACAAAUCAAAGCUCAUCUGAACCGACAACUCCCAUCUGAUUUAACUCUCUGCCCAACUGUCAAAAUUGGAAAGAUUUGUAGCGAGCCUUCCGGUGCUAGUAUGGGAUGAAAUAUUCAUCAGGGUCUCAAUGGGAUCAAUAGUACUCUCAGCUCCUGCCACAUUGUUAUAAAGUUUGUCUUACCGUCUGCCCCCCUUGAACAAGACUUGAUAAGUGUGUCAGGUAAUACUUGACAGUUUUGCCAUAAAUAUAUGAUAAUACUGUAUGUACUGUAUCUCGUACAGUAUGUAGCUAAAUGUCUGCUUGACAUUUUAUGUUUUAUAUUUUCCUUUUCCUCAUAGUUUAUUUGGGCUGCUGGGAUGGUAAUGAGAUGAUAGUUUAAGUCAAAAAAUAUUGGUGAGAUUAGUUUAAUUACAUUUCCCCUAUUGGGUUGUCCUCAAUUUGACUUGUUACUGUUAUAGGGAUACUUCAGGAUUUUGGCAAUGAAGUCCUUUAUCUACUUCCCUGGAGUCAGAUGAACUUGUGGAUACCAUUUUUAUGUCUGGGUGCAGUUUGAUGGAAGUUGCUAACUACCGUUAGCGCAAUUGCUAACUAGCAUUAGCGCAAUGACUGGAAGUCUAUGGGAACAGCUUGCGAAACUACCUCUAACUUCCUUCAUACUGGACACAGAGACAUAAAAAUGGUAUCCACAAGUUCACCUGACUCUGGGGAAGUAAAGCAAGAAAAGAGUCUGUGCACACUCACAAACUUACAGUACAAGGCUAUAGUAUAUUUUGGACUUUCAUGGACCAUAUCUGUCUUAAAUGUUAUGAGAUUUUUAUGAAGCAUUAAAGGUUUUGCCAUUCAAUCAUGCAUUUAACAGGAAUGCAUGGCAGAGGAGCAUGGACCUUAAUUUUCCCCUUUGUCCAUGUACAAUGUACCAUUGUGUUGUGUUAGCACCACUCUCAUUUUCCGACAGCUAUCUGAAUGUGUUCUGUUCUGGUAGCUGUGGAAGGCCCUCCAUGGUUUGGAACACAGGGAGGAAAGUGGUUUCAGGUGUCAGGGCCCCUUGGUCACCAUGGUUACCACACACUCCACUUUUCUCCAGGCAUGGUCGGAUAAAGGGGCUUUUGAAGAAGCCUUUAUUUGAACAAAAAACUAAAUAUGUAGCUAAUUUUGGACAUUACUUUAGUCUAGACUCCAGACAGACGGUCAAAGCAGUUGAAGUUGACUUGACAGGGCAGACAGAAAGUGCCUGUGAAAGUUUAACAGUUGGUGUUGUUUGUCUUUGUUGUUUUCCAGCUUGGUGUCUAGCCGUUUCUCCCCCCACAUGAUGCCCCACCACCCCCAUGGCAUGCACCAGACUGGCAUCCCUCAUCCUGCUAUCGUAUCACCAGCCAUCAAGCAGGAGCCCAACAGUCAUGACCACAUGAGCCCCUCUAUGCAUUCGUAAGGACCAUUAACUAACAGAUUCUUCAUAUUUACUUAUAGACAAAAAUAUAAACUCUUCAUACUCUGAUCUUAUUCAAAUUGAUUAUUGACUGAGUAUCCAGUCUCUAUUUAUAAUUCCAUUUAGAGGGCCAGGAUUCAAGAAUAUCCAGUCUCUUUGUAACAGGUCAGCCAGGUCUUCUGGAAGGGAAUCAGACCUCACACACAAGGACUAUUUUAAGUGACAUUUGCAAUGUGUGUUUUGUUGUCUCAGCAGGAAGUCUCCUGGCCCGGUGAAGAAGGAGGAGGACAAAAAGCCCCACAUCAAGAAGCCUCUGAAUGCCUUCAUGCUGUACAUGAAGGAGAUGAGGGCCAAGGUAGUGGCUGAGUGCACCCUGAAGGAGAGCGCUGCCAUCAACCAGAUACUGGGCCGAAGGGUGAGCACAGCACACUGCCUGACCACACACACAACAGUUUGGGGAUGUGUUUGUGGACGUAAAUUCUGUACAUGCUUCGACUUGUUCUCUGACUUUUGUCAUGUUUGUGUUCACAGUGGCACUCACUAUCGAGAGAAGAGCAAGCCAAAUACUAUGAGCUGGCAAGGAAAGAGAGGCAACUCCACUCCCAACUCUACCCAGGCUGGUCAGCACGAGAUAACUAUGUGAGUAGGACAUUUUUCCAUGGAUCUUUUAACAAUGAGGGAAAUGUGGGUUGCUUAAGCGCCCCCUCAUUUCCACUUGGUUUAAAAAUGAUUCCAUACUGUAUCUGUAAUAAUAACUGUACUUUUGUUCUCAUACACUGAAGUUGUAUGAGGUAGUGUUGAAGCAUGUUGCUGUCACUUGGAUAGUGACCAGUUUUUUCUAAAUACAUUGUUUUGUUAUCUGUGCAGGGAAAGCGGAAAAAGAGGAAGAGAGAUAAUAAGCCAGACUCAACACCAGAGGGUAAGGGGCCCUUUUCUCUCUCUGUUCUUCUUGGAUCUUUCCUCUCUAUUUAGGGCAAAAAGAACUCCAUCUAUAGGCCUGUGUGAAAUAGUGCCUCAAGCUUCACUUGGCUUGUCAUGUGACUUGACAGUGGUCCAAUACAACAUGCAAUACGCAAAAUAACACCUUUUUAUGUUUUGACUUGAGUUUUUCCUUCUUUACUAUCUCCUUAUUAACUCCUCUCUUCCCUCUAUAAUUUGACAAGCAGCAUAUGAGGUUCAGUGCUAAUAGUGACGUUGUGGCAGGUAUGUCUGCUGUUAUGAACCAGUGUGGCUGAACUGCAGGUCACUGCUCUCCACUCCACCCACAGUGUUCUGGUCUGUUGCAGCACAGCACUCAAACCACAUUUACAUGCAGGCAUUUAACGUGUCAUCGACUUUGUUUAUAUGAUAUCACAGAGUUUUUUUCCACCCGAUUGUUUUGUUUUGUUUUAUUUAUAAAAGUGUAUGCCAUUUUGUUGUUAAUUUCACUUCAGCAAUUUAGACUAUUUUUUAAUACAUUAAUUCAAAGUUGAUCUGUUUGUCCCAGACCUUUUGGUUUUCCAUGUUCUGUACAUUGUCUGUGAAUGUUUUGUAUUUUUUGGCCAGCUAUCAUGUAUGCAAGGGAACGGGCACUGUUGAAGGACACGAUUUUAGGCUUCUUUAACAGCAAUAUUGACAAAGCCCCCUCCUUUUGUUUCCCCAGACUUCUCAAUCAGGAACAAGAAGCAGUGUGUGCAGUACCUGCCCUCAGAGAAGAUGUGUGAAAGCCCUGCCUCGUCUCACGGCAGCAUGCUGGAUUCUCCAGCCACACCCUCUGCAGCUCUGGCCUCCCCAGCUGCGCCUGCUGCCACCCACUCAGAGCAAGCCCAGCCCCUGUCCCUCACCACCAAACCAGAGGGACGCCUGCACCAUCAUUUCCUAACUGGCAAGCCCUCUGGAUCCGCUUCUUCUUCAUCAUCUUCAUCCUCUUCCUCUUCCUCCUCGUCCCACCCAAGCAUCUCUAUCCCUAUUGGUACUUCAGGCAGCCACUCCAGUCACUCCGCACCAAUUUUCUCUCGGCCAAUCCCCUUCAGCUCCCUACACCACUCGAUGCUCUCCCCGCCCUCUCCUUUCCAUCAAGCAGCCCUACAUUCCCAUCACGCCCUGUUCCAGUCGCAGCCCCUCUCCUUGGUAACCAAAUCGUCUGACUAA